UUCAUUUUGUAUAAUAUUAGUUGCAAUGCGUACCUUAAUAUACAUGGCCACGUAACUUUUAGAAUUCCUUUCUGUGUGUAAUAUAAUAGUUGACAAGUCCAGUGUCGGAUUAAUGCGUUUGUCAUAAACUCAUAAUGCAUGUGCCUUUACCACUUUUAUCUUAUUCUCGUCCUAAUUUACAGAACAUGAUUAGGGUCUUUGACAGCUUAAUCUUUGCUUUUUUUUAAGGUAUACAUUGUGAGAGCAGGCAAAAUAACAGAAAACGAAGGGGCAAUCGGCCUUCAGACUUAUGAUUUUGAGAACAUUAAGCCAAUUAGUGCCGCGAAAAUGGAAGACCAAAUGGAAGAAAAUGCAUGUACUGGAAAAACAGCAAGGCAGCUGUACCUAAACUCUCUUGAAGUAGUAGAUAGCCAUCACGAAACAAAAAAAGGCAAGAUUAACACCCGGCAGUGAAAUUCACAUGCAUCACUCUGCCAAUAGCAUCGAUCAAUUUAAAGAUAUAAGUGGUUUUGAGGAUUUCAAGAUCCAUUUGGGUGGCCUAAUUCUCGACUCGGAGAUACCUAAAAAUAUCAGAGCAAAAUAUUACAACCUCUGCUGCAGUCAAAGAAUGUUUCUGCUCGACCACCUUAUAAAUGGCCUCAGCACAAAGUUAGCCGUUGUAAUGAUUUCCGAAACUACCAAUAUAUCCGAAGCUGUGAGAUCUGCUGACGUGUCGACUUCUCUUCAUCAUUUGGAAUGCUGGGAAAAGACUUUCAAAGCUUUCGAGGAUUUAGGAAUGGCCGUCGGAUUUAUACGCAAUAGGCUGCAUAAAUUACUGGAAAUUUCGCGCGAAGCACAAUCGAAUAACGAGUCGAAGAUGAUAGUGAGAGCGCAAGCUGAUCAUGUGAGCGGUAAUCUUGAGACUACUUCUUUGAAUGUCGAAGCACUUAUAGGAAGUCUAGAGGCCGAAAUCGAGACUCUCAGAUGGAAAAACGAGAAGCUCGGAUUUGAAUUCCGUGAGCUUGCUCGAGCUCCAUGGUAGAAAAGAAUGUUACAUUAUGCAAAGGUGGAUACAGAUAACCUUGAUUUACGAGCAUAACUCGCGUUUUUUAGUGGUGGUUUAUUAUUAUUAUUAUUAUUUUUACUUUUUUGGUUAGAAGUUUUAUAUAAAACAGCUAAUGUACAGAAGAACCGUAGCGUAAAUUUUUUUUUAAUAUAUAUAACUUGUCGAAAAUAAAUGUAUUGAUGUUAUAUGUUUAUUUAUAUGUAAUGUAGGAAAUUGAACUUCAGAGGUUGUCUUGAGUUGGCCUGAA